AACUAUCCUCGUUGUCCGAUCUGCUCUCACCUUCUCGUCAUAUGUCAUGGUUGUUCGAAUGUCACCUGCGAUAACAGUUGCUGUAAAGGUGCCAACCUCAUUAGUUUUGUAUCUUCGUGUCAGUCAUGCUUUUCGACCCUUGCAAUGACGAAGAAGUGCAGCCAAUACGACUGUUCCUCUCGCGCACAUUUUAUUGGUGGCGUAAUCUGUCCUGAUUGCGUCAGACCCAUGGACGGUCACAUACUUUGUCUCUGCGAGGACAACUGGAUUUGUGGCACGUGUGCCACUGAGGAGAAAAUUCUGAAUCAUUGUGGACGCUGUCCAAAAUGUCAGAACUGCUUUUGUUUCUUCAGGUGCAGAUACAUUGACGUGUGCGCGGAUUGUCGCACGAUGACGCUAUGCAACGAUUGCAUGGAAGAAGACAUGGCUGACGAGGAGGAGUCUUCAAGCGCAAACAAGAGCGCAUUCCUUGUGGCGACGUGCGAAGAAUGUCGGGGCAGAAUCUGUAUAGACUGCUUUAACGAGCGUGAAUCCCGUUGUGAAUCUUGUAACAGUGUUCAUUGCCGCGAUUGCACGGACUACGAAGAGUGUCCGGAAUGUGGGGAGCUUAUGUGCCUGACUUGCGCCACGGAAGAUGGGUGUCGGGGGUGCGAGGAAGACUUCUAGUUGUGCAUGUGGCAGCUUCAGGAUACUCGCAGCCGAGGGAAGUCUGUCGACUCGGAAUCGGCCAGUAGCGAGUUUUGACAGACGGAUGUCGACAAAACCUUUUGUCACUUUCGCUCGAUGUGCUUUGGCUUUCGAAGUAAUUUUACCCGUUCAGGUUUUCGUAUUACUUCCCGAAUGCAAACAUUUGCUUUUGCGAAAACGUCUCCGAGAUGUACACAAACGAAUGAGGCGGAUAUUCCCUGAACGUGAAUAUAUCCAAAGCUCAGG